AUGUGGUCAUUAUUACAAACCAACUUGCUCUUAUUCAUUUUGCUGUAUUCCUAUUUUUCUUCUGCUGUAGCCUCGCCUCUGUUUCCCUCCUCCUGUCAGUUACAGAGACAAUUUCAUCUAAAUGGCAUACACAAGAGUGGAGAUGUCAUUCUGGGUGGACUGUUUCAAGUCCACUUUUUUUCAAGCGUUGCUGACCUGUCUUUUACCUCCCAGCCACAACAGCCUACUUGCCAUGGUUUUUAUGAACUAGGAUUUAGGCAGGCACAAACCAUGGCCUUUGCUAUUGAUGAGAUCAACAGAAACUCCAACCUGCUGCCAAAUGUCACUCUUGGAUAUACUCUUUAUGAUAACUGUGUCACACUUGGAAUUGGAUUCCGUGCAGCAUUGUCAUUAGCCAGCGGUCAAGAGGAAAAAAUUAUAUUAGAUAACAGAUGUACUGGAAAUCUUCCAGUCAUAGGGAUUGUGGGUGAUUCUUCCUCUACACAUUCUAUUGCCAUUUCCAACGUCUUAGGUUUGUACAGAGUACCCAUGGUGAGUUAUUUUGCCACUUGUUCCUGCCUAACUGACCGUCAAAAGUAUCCAUCCUUCUUUAGAACAAUACCAAGUGAUGCUUUCCAGGUACGUGCUAUGAUUCAGAUUCUAAAGCAUUUUGGCUGGACUUGGGCAGGUCUUCUUGUCAGUGAUGAUGAUUACGGACUUCACGCAGCAAGAUCUUUGCAAUCUGAUCUCAGUCUGUCGGGUGAAGGAUGCCUGGCUUACUUUGAGAUUUUGCCCUGGGACAAAGACAUGGAUGAACUCAGGAGGAUUGUGAAUGUGAUGAAAAAGUCCUCUGCUCGAGUUGUCAUUGUCUUUGCACAUCAUAGUCGCAUAGUAAACCUUAUGGAAGAGGUAGUGAGGCAAAAUCUAACUGGCCUACAGUGGAUGGCCAGUGAAGCCUGGACAGAAGCUACUGUGCUCCAAACACCUCAGCUCAUGCCAUAUCUGGGUGGAACUCUAGGCAUUGCAAUUCGUCGAGGAGAAAUACCAGGGCUCAGGGAAUUCCUCUUACAAAUACGCCCUGACCUACAUCACAAUAACAGCUAUGGAAAUAGCAUGGUGAAUCAGUUUUGGGAAUUCACAUUUAAGUGCAGAUUUGCACCAGCUCCAACAGGCUGGGUAGAAGGUAGAGGUACAUUAUGCACUGGAGAGGAAGAUCUGGACAAUGUGGACUCUGAGUUUUUGGAUAUUUCCAACCUCCGGCCAGAAUACAAUGUGUACAAAGCUGUAUAUGCUUUAGCAUAUUCCCUUGAUGACAUGUUACGGUGCAAGCCAGGAAGAGGACCUUUCCGUGGCCACAGCUGUGCCACAUUGCAAACAUUGGAACCGUGGCAGCUUAUUUAUUAUUUGGAAAUGGUCAAUUUUACCACUCCAUUUGGUGAUCAAGUGUCAUUCGAUGAGAAUGGUGAUGUGGUGCCAAUUUAUGAUGUGAUGAACUGGGUGUGGCUCCCUGAUGGAAACAUUAAAAUUCAAACUGUGGGUGAGGUUAAGAGGUCCGCUUUCAGAGGUGAAGAACUCAUACUUGAUGAAGACAAAAUCUUCUGGAACUUUGAAUCCAAAAAGCCACCUCGAUCAGUAUGUAGUGAGAGCUGUCCUCCUGGUACCCACAUGGUGAGAAAGAAGGAGGAACCCAAAUGCUGUUUUGACUGCAUCCCUUGUUCUGAGGGAAAAACCACUAACAAGAGCAAUUCCUUGGAGUGCACCAGUUGUCCAGAGGAUUUUUGGUCAAACCCCCAGCGUGACCACUGUGUUCCUAAGAAGACAGAGUUUCUCUCCUACCAUGAGCCUCUGGGUAUUUGCUUGACAGCAACUUCACUGCUGGGAACAUUUAUAUGUGUUAUUGUUCUAGGAAUCUUUUUCUACCAUCGCAGAACACCUAUGGUGAGUUAUUUUGCCACAUGUUCCUGCCUGAGUGACCGUCAAAAGUAUCCAUCCUUCUUUAGGACGAUCCCAAGUGAUGCUUUCCAGGUAGUGGCACACAAUUUAACAGGGUUGCAGUGGAUGGCCAGUGAAGCCUGGACAGCAGCUGCUGUUCUACAAAUACCUCAACUUAUGCCAUACCUGGGUGGUACACUGGGUAUUGCAAUUCGUCGAGGAGAAAUACAAGGGCUCAGGGAAUUCCUGUUACAAGUACGUCCCAAUCUACCCCACAGCACUAGCUAUGGAAGAAGUAUGGUUACUCAGUUUUGGGAAUUUACAUUUCAGUGCAGAUUUGCACCACCUCCAACAGGUUGGGUGGAAGGUGGAGGAGCAAUAUGCACUGGAAAAGAAGAUCUAGAAAAUGCAGACACUGAAUUCUUGGAAAUUUCCAACCUCCGGCCUGAGUACAAUGUGUACAAAGCUGUUUAUGCUCUGGCGUAUUCCCUUGAUGAUAUGCUGCAGUGCAAGCCAGGAAGAGGGUCUUUCAGUGGGGACAGCUGUGCCACAUUACAUACACUGAAACCAUGGCAGCUUGUUUAUCACUUGGAAAAGGUGAACUUCACCACUUCAUUUGGUGAUCAAGUGUCAUUUGAUGAGAAUGGCGAUGCAUUACCAAUUUACGAUGUGAUGAACUGGUUGUGGCUCCCUGAUGGAAGCACUAAAGUUAAGAAUGUGGGUGAGGUAAAGAGGUCAACUUUCAAAGGUGAAGAACUCAUACUUGAUGAAGACAAAAUAUUCUGGAAUUUUGAAUCCAAAAAGCCACCUCGAUCAGUAUGUAGUGAGAGCUGUCCUCCUGGUACCCACAUGGUGAGAAGGAAGGGGGAACCCAUGUGCUGCUUUGAUUGCAUUCCUUGCUCUGAAGGAAAAAUCACUAACACGAACGACUCCUUGGAGUGUACGAGUUGUCCAGAGGAUUUUUGGUCAAACCCCAAGCGUGACCACUGUAUUCCAAAGCAGACAGAGUUUCUCUCCUACCAUGAGCCUCUGGGUAUUUGCUUGACAGCAACCUCAUUACUGGGCACAUUUGUAUGUGCUGUUGUUCUAGGGAUCUUCAUCUACCAUCGCAGAACACCCAUAGUGCGUGCCAACAAUUCAGAACUUAGUUUCCAGCUAUUACUGUCACUCAAGUUGUGUUUUCUGUGUUCACUGCUGUUCAUUGGGCGACCCAGGCUUUGGACAUGCCAACUCAGACAUGCAGCAUUUGGGAUCAGCUUUGUGCUGUGUGUCUCAUGCAUCCUGGUAAAAACCAUGGUUGUUCUGGCUGUUUUCAAAGCCUCCAAGCCAGGAGGGGGAACCAGUCUGAAGUGGUUUGGUGCAAUGCAACAGAGAGGAACAGUUUUGUUUCUUACAUCUAUUCAGGCAGCCAUCUGUACUACCUGGCUUGUCUCUUCCUCUCCAACUCCACAUAAGAACACCUUAUACCACAAUGAUAAGAUCAUUUAUGAGUGUGCAGUUGGGUCCACUGUUGGUUUUGCAGUGUUAUUGGGUUAUAUUGGCUUGCUGGCUUUCCUCAGUUUUCUAAUUGCAUUCCUGGUGAGGAAUCUCCCCGACAGUUUUAAUGAGGCCAAGCUCAUCACAUUCAGCAUGCUGAUCUUCUGUGCUGUGUGGGUGGCCUUUGUUCCUGCUUAUAUCAGUUCACCAGGAAAACUUGCAGAUGCAGUGGAGGUAUUUGCCAUCUUGGCUUCAAGUUUUGGACUCUUGAUCACACUGUUUGGACCCAAAUGUUACAUGAUCCUGUUGAGACCAGAGAUGAACACAAAGAAAGCUGUUAUGGGCCGUGGCAUUGAGUCAUAA